AUGUGUUAUCAGCUACUCGAGAUAUACUCGGCAUGUCGCUGCCUCUACUACCAGCACUCGGUUGAUCGGUGUGCGGCAUACGGUCGACCGGGUCACGGCGUCACCAAGAAAACCAUACUGGUGGGGUAUCAAUGCCAGGAGCACUCGCAGUCGAGUGGCUAUGGCUCAUACGCUGGCGGACAGACAUAUUCAGACUCGGGAUACUACAGCGGCCAGUCGGCCAAGGACUCACGUCGCCAGCGUCGAUGA